CGAUUGUAUGCACAUUUUACAUUUUAAUCCUUGCGGGGUUUUUCAAUUUUAAAAAGUACUUGUAUUUUAGACUGCGUGUGCUACUACGGGUGGAGUGCCCAGGAGGGGAAAGUUUGCAGGCAGUGCGGCGGUGAGUGUGUGUCGGCCGUCAAGUAUAAAGGAGAGUUUAGCCUGAGAACCGGUACCGUCGCUCUUUUAUAUAACCAUUAGAAGAAGCCAACUGUGCAAUGGCCACCGCCACGCCAAGCGGCCCCAGGAGCUCCGGCCGUCGAAGCAGCAUGAACACCCCGCUCAGCCCGACUCGUAUCAGCCGCCUGCAGGAGAAAGUGGAUCUGCAGGAGCUGAAUGACCGCUUGGCCGUGUAUAUAGACAAGGUGCGCAGCCUGGAGAGCGAGAAUAGCCUGCUCCAUGUACAGGUCACCGAGCGGGAAGAGGUGCGGAGCCGGGAAGUGAGCGGCAUCAAGGAGCUGUAUGAGACCGAGCUGGCCGAUGCCCGCAGGAGCCUGGAUGACACUGCCCGGGAGAGAGCCCGCCUGCAGCUGGAGCUCAGUAAGAUCUCCGUGGAACAUGAGGAUCUCCGUGCCAGUUUCUCAAAGAAAGAAUCUGAAUUGGAGUCGGCACAAGCUAGAUUUAGAGAAACUGAAGCUCUUCUCAACUCAAAAAAUGCUGCCCUUGCAACUACACAGAGUGAGAAUAAGUCACUGCAAGGAGAGGUUGAGGACUUGAAAGCUGAAAUUGGGCAGCUGGAAUCCGCUUUGGCUCUUGCAAAGAAACAGCUUGAAGAAGAAAUCUUGAUAAAGGUGGAUCUUGAAAACCGGUGUCAGUCCUUAAUUGAGGAACUAGAUUUCCGUAAAAACGUUUAUGAAGAGGAAAUAAAGGAGACUAGAAGAAGACACGAGACUCGCUUGGUGGAGGUUGAUUCUGGCAAGCAAAUAGAGUAUGAACAUAAACUAUCACAAGCGCUUGCAGACAUGAGGGAGCAACAUGAUUCUCAAGUUACACUGUACAAAGAAGAACUUGAACACACCUACCAAUCUAAGCUGGAGAAUGCACGACUAUCCUCAGAAAUGAACAGCUCUGCUGUAAAUAGUACUCGAGAGGAGCUUAUGGAAAGUCGAUAUCGAAUUGACAGCCUCACAUCCCAGCUUUCUGAGCUCCAAAAAGAGUCUAGAGCAUGGCAUGAUCGGAUGCAAGAACUAGAGGAUAUGCUGGCUAAGGAAAAGGACAACAGUCGCAAGAUGCUUGCAGAGAGGGAGAGAGAAAUGGCUGAUAUAAGAGAUCAGAUGCAGCAACAGCUUAAUGACUAUGAGCAGCUUCUAGAUGUUAAAUUGGCACUGGACAUGGAAAUAAGUGCAUACAGGAAACUGCUGGAAGGUGAAGAGGAAAGGCUGAAGUUAUCUCCGAGCCCCCCUUCCCGCGUGACUGUUUCUAGGGCUUCUUCAAGUCGCAGUGUGCGCACAGCUAAAGGCAAAAGAAAGAGAAUUGAUGUAGAAGAGUCUGAGGCCAGCAGCAGUGUUAGCAUUUCUCAUUCUGCAUCCGCCACUGGGGAUGUGAGCAUCGAAGAAGUUGAUGUGGAUGGCAAAUAUAUCAGACUGAAAAACAAUUCAGAGCAGGAUCAUCCUUUAGGAGGUUGGGAACUGACCAGAACAAUUGGAGAAGCAUCUGUGAAUUUCAAGUUUACCUCAAGAUACGUACUUAAAGCAGGACAGACUGUCACAAUCUGGGCUGCUGAUGCAGGAGUUACAGCGAGUCCACCCUCUGACCUAAUCUGGAAGAACCAGAACUCAUGGGCAACAGGAGAAGAUGUGAAGGUCAUACUGAAGAAUUCUCAGGGAGAGGACGUAGCACAGCGCACAACAGUAUAUACUACCACCAUACCUGAAGAGGAGCUGGAAGAAGAAGAAGAAAUGUUGGAGGAGAUCACUAAAGAAUCUCACUACUCUCAGCAGAAGUCAGGAAAUAGAAACUGCGCCAUCAUGUAAUACCAGUGUUCCACAUUGUCCUACAGAUCUGAGCCUUCUGGAAGCACAGCCUAUUUUUGUAUCAUGUACAAUUUACAGUGUCAGCAUUGACUGCCUUAAUAUCUUUUCUACCAAUGUAAUGCAGGGGCAUUUUGUACUAGAAUCUGAUUUUGCAAAAAUGUGAAUUGACUGUAUUUUGUACACUGUCCUGGACGGUGGGUCCUGGAGUAGAUAUUUUUUGUUACUUGUGGCAGGAACAUAUCUACUGCCUAUUGCUUAUCCACUUGUCACACUUCCAAGGCACUGUGUGCAAAGGUGCUUGCAGGAUCUCAGUCUCCCUCACUUCCAUCUUUUGUACUGAGUUUUAUUUUCUAGCACAAAAUCAAGAAUUUUAAUUUUUUUUUUUUUUUUUUUGAAGCUUUGUUUUAAUUUUUUAUUGUGGAAAAAAAUACAACAUGUUUUAUCAUGACAUUUUAGGUAACUGGUGGGGAAAGUAGCUUUUUUUAUGGGGGGGGGGGGGGGUAGCAAAACUUUUGUUUGUUUACAUAAACAGAACAAAAUAAAAGGGGGUUUAAAGAAA